AUGUCGCUGCCUAUGCUUGUGAAUGGCGCAGAUUGUGGGCCCAUAAACCCCUUACGGGGGCUCUCGAAGCAGUUCGACCGGGAUCGGGGGAUUCAGCAGGACCACUUCGGGACUGGGCGUGCAGGCCCUUCUCGAGAGGCAUUCCGCUCGCAAUAUUCUGCAGCGGCAGGUUCUAGCCAAGAGGCCGCCCAGUUCUUCUCACCAGUGCAUUCUCCACUUGCCCUGGCCACAGGGCCUCCUGCGUUUGACCUCUCGGCACUGCAUGCCUCGCUCCCCGCAUCCCAAUCCCAUUCACCUGCCGCACUAACUCCUCAGAGGCAGACACCACUGUCUCCUGCGUCUUGGGCCGCCGACUUCCUUCAGCACCCUGUGAAGCAUUCACCGGAUCUACAGCUGCCCGCAAGUGCUCUCGCCCAAAGCCAGUCAGCCAGCGCACAGAGCGAAUCAAAUGUACAGCUGCACUCGACGUAUUCUCCCAAUGGGAUGGCUACGAAUCUUCGGUCUUGGGGCCCGUUGGCUAUGAGCUAUGGCAUGAAUAGCUUCGCUUCCAUGUCCGCGCCGCCAUUUGCGAUGCCCAUACAAAAGGCAGGACAGGACGUCAACGCUUCACAGUGGGAUCAGGUAUUCCUAUCACAAGAGCCGGCUGGCCAGCAAGUCGUCACACCAGAGGCCGCACCUGCAGUAGAGCAGAAGAGUCCUGAGCAAUCCCGUCAAGAUGCCGACGAGCUAGCACGAACCGCGGGACGGCUCAUGGAGACUCUACGGCAUGAGGAGAACCCGAAAUUCAAAAACAGCGAGUUCAUGGGACUCAUGCGCCAGCUGCGAGAUGGUGACGUUGUCGUAGACGGUAACACAAUGGUACCAAAGGAGGAAGCAGCCCCGCGUGCCUCUGAAGCCCCGGACGUGAAAGGCAAGGGGCGUGCUACCGAUCUCCGCAUGCCCCUGGGAGACAACGCACUCAUGACGGGGCCCACCCCAUGGUCGUCACAAACCCAGCCUGUCCGCACUGAUCGUGUUCAGAUUGACUCUGCGUCGACGAGUGAAGGUUAUCAAGAGAGCCCAAUUGACGCAUAUCUGCGCGAGGAAAACGAGACCUACAUUGAGUUCCAGCGACAAGCGUCGCGGAAUGUUAGCCAGCCGCCGCUUGACAUGGCCUACGCUCAGGACGCAGAUUGGGGCAGACUACAACGCGACUGGGAUCUCUUUGAAGCCACUGCCACUGGCGUUAGGCCUCUUACACAUUAUCAAUUCCAGCCACACAAUCCCUAUUUGUUGGGUGAAGCGUCUCGAACGAGACACCAUUUUAUGCACGCGGAUAUGAGAAGCACUCUAUUCGAGAACGUGCUGGAGACAGAAGCAGCAGCACAGCGCGAUCCAACGAACGCCCAGCGUUGGUUCGAACUGGGGGUCAAGCAACAGGAAAAUGAGCGUGAACAGAAGGCGGUGCAGGCCCUGCGGCGAGCACUGGAGCUUGAACCCUCUCACCUUCCGUCAUGGUUGGCUCUCGCAAUCUCGUACACGAACGAGAGUAACAGGCGCGGUGCCUACUACGCGAUACGGGAGUGGGUAGACCGGAACGAGCUGUAUCGCCCCGUGGUUGAGCAGUUUCGCGCAUUGAACCCAGAGGCCGAAGACAUGGUCCAAUCGGACCGUCUCGCGAACCUGGUGCAGUGCUUGAUAGAGGCGGCGCGGAGCGACACCAGCGGAGCGAUCGAUGCUGAUCUCCAGAUUGCGCUGGCAGUGCUCCUAAAUACCAGCGAGGAUUAUUCCAAGGCGCAGGAUUGCUUCACCACUGCGCUGGCAGUGCGGCCAGAUGACUGGCUUCUAUACAACCGUGUGGGUGCUACGCUAGCGAACAACGGGAACCCCGAGGAGGCGCUACAGUACUACUACCGCGCGCUUGAGCUGAACCCUACGUACAUCCGUGCUAAGUUCAACCUUGGAAUAUCCUGUAUCAACCUUCGACGCUACGAGGAGGCUGCUCACCAUAUUUUGGACGCCCUCGUGCUGCAAGACGGAGACAGCAUUUACGAGAGAGGCGGCAGCGGUGAUAAGCGGGGUGUGACCUCGCAUACAUUGUGGGAAAGCCUCAAGACCUGUUGCUUACAUCUGCAGCGGAUCGACCUUGCCACUCUGUGUGACCGCGAGGACCUUGAAGCCUUCCGUCUCAAUUUCGUGUUAUCGUGA